UUCAGUGCAGCUCACUAUUCACUAUACCUUACCUUAAACAAACUCAUAUAAAACGUCUGCAAAAUCCUCACUCUCAGUAAAUAACUCAACAAAAUCUGCAAAUGUCAACCCACAAGAGAAAAAUCAGUUUGCGCAACGUUGCAGUGAAACUUGGCUGCAGCAAUUGUAUGCGGCCCAAAAUUUCCAGCAUUUUCCACCCUAAGCCCCGCCACCACCACAAAACAACCAACAACAACAACAACAUACCCAGUAUAUUCCCACAAGUAGAGUCUGAGGAUAGAGGCACGCACCCUCGCUUUGUGGCAAAAAAAAAAAAAAAAAAAAAAAAAUGUUUUCAGAACAAGUCCCACAAAACAACCAACAACUACUCCAAUAAUCAUGACUCUUCCUCUAGUUCUUCUAACACUACUACCACCACCACCACUUUUCAAGGAUUUGGCAGAAUUGGAGGAGAGAGUGUUGCCGUUGAGAAAGAUUCCGACGACCCUUACGUUGACUUCCGGCAGUCAAUGUUACAAAUGAUACUUGCGAAGGAGAUAUAUUCUAAAGAAGAAUUAAGAGAGCUUCUCAACUGUUUUUUGCAGUUGAAUUCUCCUUAUUAUCAUGGUAUUAUUGUUAGAGCUUUCACAGAGAUCUGGCAUUGUGUUUUCGCCGUAAAGCCUGGAGUUGCCGGAGCUGAGUCGCCGUUCUUGCAGUGCGGCAGUAGCGGUGGCGGUGGAGAGUGGUGGUCACGUGUGUGACUCCUUUCCUAUAAAUAUAUUGUUUACUCCGGACAGAGCUAGAAUACGGAUUACAAGUUCGGUCGAAUUUGGUAGGUUUGUCUAAAUUUUAUAUAUGUCUCGAGAAUUCAUUUAAUAUGUGCGAAUUAAUUUAAAAUUGAGUAAUUUAAAAGGAUUAAAAUUCCUAACUCAUAAGUUUUGAUCCUAGCUCCUCCUCUUUAAGUAUUACUCGUCAAAGCAUAUAUAGUUAGAGACGGAGCUAAAAUUUGAAAUUUAUGAUUAGCGAUUUUAAUCUUUUCUAAGUUAUUAGAUUUUACAUUAAUAAUAUACGUAUUAAUAAAAAAUUUAAGACAAAUAUAAAAUUUUGUUGAACUUGCUUCCUACCGUCUAGCUCUGCUUGUGUACAUAGCAGAAUUUAGGGAGUAGUAUGAAGAUAUGAGACCCAUAAGUAUUUCUUGGGCUCCGGAAAUAUUUUAUUUUGUUGUAAUUUGUUUUAGCUUUCUAUAGUUAGGGAAAAAAAAUUAGAGUUCACAGCUUCUUCUUUUUUUAUUACAUUUAGAAAUUGAUGAAGAGAAAAACUGUCGAAAAGGUGGCAAAAGAUGCUGUGGAAUUUGUAAUCUUUUAUUCAAGUAGUAUAAUUAAUGUGAGGUUUCCA